CAACUACAAGUAUUUGUAUCGUUAUUGAUGUACAGCUAUGCCGACGCGGCCCAGUAUCGCACGUUCGCUGUCUACACUCUCUGCCUCCAGCGCUGAUAGAGAGUUCUUCAACGAGCCGUACAAUCCGCUCUACAACCCGUUCAAUGCCAAGCCGAUUCUUGUUCACCAACGUAAUACUCGGAGCAAAGCCUUUGGUGCAAGACCCUUUCUGGGGCCACUACUUUUCGAUAACAAUGACAGUGAUGCGAGAGACCACUGCGCUGCUGAACGAACUUUCCUCUCCUGGCUCCGCCUAGCAGUCUACAUGGCCAUAGUCAGCAUCGCCAUUCUCAUAUCCUUCCAUCUCCACAACCAACCCUCGAAACUCGAACGCAAGAUCGCCCUCCCCUUCGGCCUACUCUUCUGGUGUCUGGCGGUCGCUUGUCUCGUCUCCGGUCUCAACAACUACAUCAAAACUGUCAAUCGAUAUUCACGAAGGCAGGCGUUGGUUCAGAGUGGUUGGGGCACGCAAGUUAUGUUCACAGUUGUGGCAUGCGCGAUUGUGGCGGCUUGUGUAUUGUUUUUGAGUAUUAAUGUCGAGGGUGGGAAGAGAGGAAGCGAGAAGGCUGUUCUAUUUGGUGGGCUGUGGUAAGGCUAGCGGAGGAAAACCGGAAGUGCGAUGACACGAAGAUAUGACUUAUGAUUAGCAGCAAGUGGUGGCGCAGUGUUUGUAGAGAUGUUAUAUUGUUAAGUAUUGACAGGGCCUGCUAGCCCGUGCAGCAGUCGAACUCCGGCUGUGAUGCGGUGCGUGUGCCGGACUGCGGAGGUACAGCAUAUACGCUGUCACCUCUAUCUGUGCAUGUGUCGACAUCGAGCCUGCCGAACGAUGCCAUAGUUUUAUCGGUCAGCUCGUCCACCUUGACCUUUCCGAUGCCAGGUCAUUCGGAGAUCUGGCUCAACUCGGCCGCUUCAAUGCUGUUUCCGCUGCCAUUGGUGACCAAAACAGAAGA